AUGUCGUGGGGUCCGGUGGCCUCGCAGCUUUGUCUGUUAUCGCAGCUGAAAGAGCGCUCAGUUGGCGACAAAGUGAGAUUCCUGGGGUGUGUUAUCUCAUACGACACUUCUACGGCAUGUCUUGCUCUGGGGCACAUGUACCCGCCGGGAACAAACGAGACUGUACUGGUGGACAUUGAGCUCGUUCUUGAGACUAUCCAGCCGGGAUUGACGCAGGUCGGGCAUUGGGUUAAUGUCGUGGGGUAUAUCGUUGAGGAGAAGUCGGGCACACAGAAACUAUCAGGGACAAAGGCGUCUCCCAGACACGUUCAAGCGCUGCUGAUAUGGCCUACGGGACCUUUGGAUAUUGGAAGAUAUGAGAAGAGCCUGGAAGAUGCAGCGGCUCGGCCUUGA